UUACGGUAAAUGACCAACUGUCAGCUUUCCCGUAUAGUAGCGUCGUCACGGUAACUGCUCUGCCUGUCAAACAUGGCGCUCUCCUGCUCGAGUCUGUGCAGCCGGUUGUCUUUGACCCGACUAAGUGGUCUGAGCACAAACARGAUAACACAUGGCUUUUAUCUUCAAUACGUAUCCUGCCAGUCCAGGUUACCUUUGUGUAGGCAUUUUACUUCUUCUAAAGUCAGACGAGGUAUUGGACGAUAUGUUUCCUCCAGAAUCCAGUGGGCAAAUGCCAAAUAUCAAGACUUUCUUAAAAGACGAUUUCCUCGAUUUUUCCUGCUGUAUCACACCUUUAAGGAAGGAUUCAAGAUGUUGUUCCAGGAUGCCAGAGAAGUGAAGAAGAUAAAAACCAAAAUGCUGACGAAGGGAGUAAAGUUUCACGAUUUACACUACAGGGAGAUGGAAAAACUCAGACAGUUUCGCAGAGACCUAAUAAAGGCCGUCCCAUUUGUGAUUAUUACCAUUCCUCCAUUUGCAAACUACCUGAUUUUUUUCCUAAUGUACUUUUUCCCUCGUCAGCUGCUGAUUCCUCACUUCUGGACUCCCCAGCAGCAGCUGGAGUUUCGGAAAGUGUAUCAUUCCCACAGGACUCAGCACCACCAACCGGUUCUCAAAGAGCUGGAGGACGUUUGCAUCCAGGUGCAACGCGGCGGAAACCCGAAUGUCUCUGAAAUCCUGGCUGUCAGAAGUCUGUUCUCCAGAGCUCCUCUGGCCAUGAACACAAUGAGCAACGAUCAGAUGAGACGCAUCAGCCCCCUCCUCUUCCUCACGCCCCGUCUCCCGGGCUUCCUGAUUGGUCGACGGCUGAACAGCCACGCCRUGGAGCUGCUCCAGCUGGACCGAGCCCUGAGCCGAAUGGGCCCUCACCAGCUCAGUGACUGGGAACUCAAACAGGCUUGUUAUGUGAGAGGGAUGAACGCUGACGGUCUUGCUACCAGUCAGUCUCUGGAGUGGCUGUCCCAGUGGCUUCAGGUGUCCUCUGCUUUAAAAGAGUCAGAGCUGUCACUUCUGCUGCACUGCAUGGUGCUCAUGUCUGCAAACUUCCCCGGCGCUGCGAGCCAUCACUGACAGGAAGCCUGAUCCUGUGAUUAUAGUCACUUGUGUUGCACACAAGAGUGUCAACAUCUUCUUAAAAAAGAAAUGUAGAACAUUUCCUGGCUAGAUUGGGUUCAAAAGAAAAACCAACACCGGACACUGAUGCUAAUUUGCUCGAUGACAAUUUAAUAUGGAAACAUGACGUCAAACAGUCUUUUAUCAGAGACAACAGGUGUUUCUGUUUGCAGUUCUGAACCUUGGCGGGGAAGUUUAAUUUCCKCUGGAGCGCUUAUCUGCUGUGCCAUGCAAAAGUAUUCACACCCUUUCAUUUUUCUACAUUUCUUCAUUUUAAAUCCACAGUUUUAUGUGAUAGACCAACAUAAAAUGGGACAGACUGCUUUUCUUUCUUAAAAAUAAAAUCUGUCAAGAUCAAAUGAAACUGGGACUUUAACUAGGUCGUUUUGUUGGGUCAUUAUCCGACUGGAAGGUGAGUCCAGACCCCAGUGUAAUUCUGACCCAGCUGAGUAAAACAAACCCCACAGCAUGUUGCUGCCACCUUGUUUCAUCCUGUCCUUGGUGUGUUCGUAAUAUUUUGCAUGUUAGGGCUCUUGCUUGAAUUGGAUUUUAUUUAGGGGAAUCAAGAGUGAAACGGCUAAAAACAUGUAUGCCACACUUUUCAGAUUGCUAAAAGAACUUUGUAUUUUGAACUUGGCAUCAUUUUACUCCCACUUCAUAAUUAUGCACGGCUUUGUGCUGGUAUUUCAUUCAGUACAAAAAGGCCCAAGGGGUGUGAAUACUUUUUCAAAGGAUUGUUUAAAAACUCGGGUUAAAAUGUUCAUUGUUCCUGUUUUUCAGGUCAUUGCUGCUUGAACACGUGCUUAGCUUCUGCUUUUGUCYGAGUUUGYACCUACACUCGGACAAAAUGCAAGUCGGGGAAACAAAGACGAUUCUACUUGAGAAAAAGAAAUAAAGUUAAAUGAAAAAUUCAGAUGUAAAUCAGUAGUAAUAAAUGUAAGGAGAGCUGUAUGCAGAAUUUGUGGACAUGUUGUCAUCAAACAUGCUGUAAUCAAACAUGCUGUAUUUUCUCUUGCCGUUACCUCAUUUUAUGCUUUAUUUUUAUUUUCUAACUUUCUGGUCACGAUAAAGUUGUUCAAAAGACUUGAAUUAGCUUUAAAUUUUAGACAAAAUACAGAAAUUGGGGGAUGAAGCCCAGGUGUAGACUGUCAAGUUGUGAUUGCACUUUACUGUUUACUUUUUGUAUCCAUCAUUUUGUUCACGUGGAGAUUUAAAUUCAUGUAUUUUAGCACAAAGUUUCAUCCAACCWGUUCAAACACCGAGGACUGAAAGWACAAAGGAGUACAACAUAACUGGAGUUGUAAAGUUCAUCAUUAUACUUCCUGUGCCUUUCGUAAGUUUUGGCACUCAGCAUCUGAAACAUGAAUCUUUUUGUAAUUAUAUGUUAUUUACUCAA